AUGCUAUAUGACCACGAAGAUCAUGAUCUUUUUCUAACACCAAAGAUAUGCUAUUUCUCCGCUGCAAAUGGUGGCGCAUCACGUCAUAUGAUGGUCAAUGGCAGCAAUCAUAGAAUGGCAAUAAAGAUCAAAUGCAGUGACAACGAGCUGUUUCGCGUCUCACCCGUUUUUUGUUUAUUGGAGCCGGGAAGUGCUCAAAGAUUGCAAAUUGUACGAGACCCUGGACCAGCUAAAAUCGACAAAAUUGUUCUACAAUAUAAAGCGACAUGUGCAACGAAUCCAAGGGACGCUUUCAACAAGGAAGAUGACACAGGAAUCGAGAAGCGACUGAUCGCACUGAUUGCUAAGGAUGACAUCACUGUCUCCAUAGCACCAACCACGAACUUGAAAUCAAUACUACGGCAACAAGGGGUUCCCCAUAAUAAUUAA